UCGCUACUAGAACAAGGUCAACCCUAUUAAACAACGGAAAACUUUUCCUUGUCACAACUUCUCUGACGUCGUCCACUUAAAAGAGCCCAGCCCUGCAGAUCUUUCUUCUUCUUUGGUGGACCCAGACCAACCACAACUCCAGCAACCAUGAGCAAAAGUGCUUUUUUCAACAUGCCAGCCUUCGCUCCUUACCUCACUCCUGAACAAGAGGCUGAACUCAGGCAGAUUGCUGCAGCUAUUGUAGCCCCUGGCAAGGGAAUUUUGGCUGCAGAUGAGUCUACUGGUUCUAUGGGAAAGAGGCUCACAGCCAUCAAUGUUGAGAACACCGAGGAGAAUCGUAGACGUUACCGUGAAUUGUUGUUCACAGCCGACCGAGAAUGUGCCAAAUACAUCAGCGGCGUCAUUAUGUUCCACGAGACGUUCUACCAGAAGACCAGUGCUGGUGUUCCAUUUGUGAAAGUGCUCCAAGACAAGGGUAUCAUUCCCGGCAUCAAGGUCGACAAAGGUGUUGUCCCUUUAAUGGGAACCUUCAAUGAAUGCACCACCCAAGGUCUUGACGGUCUGGCUGAGCGAUGUGCUGAAUACAAGAAGGGUGGUGCCCAGUUUGCCAAAUGGCGCUCUGUAUUGAAAAUUGGAUCUAGCACUCCUUCAUACCAAGCCAUGAUGGAGAAUGCCAAUGUCUUGGCUCGUUAUGCUAUGAUCUGUCAACAGAAUGGUCUGGUGCCAAUUGUUGAACCAGAAGUCUUGCCUGAUGGAGAACACGACUUGGAGACUUCACAGAAAGUCACAGAAGUGGUGCUGGCUUUCACUUACAAGGCCCUUGCUGACCACCACAUCUUUCUAGAAGGUACCUUGUUGAAACCCAAUAUGUGCACAGCUGGACACAGCUGCUCAAAGAAAUUCACCCCUGAGCAAAAUGCUGCAGCUACAGUCACAGCUCUGAGGAGAACCGUCCCCUCUGCUGUACCAGGUGUGACCUUCCUGUCAGGUGGUCAGUCAGAAGAAGAUGCAACAAUCAACCUCAAUGCUAUCAACAUGUGCCCCUUACUCAAGCCAUGGGCCCUGACCUUCUCAUACGGCCGCGCCCUCCAAGCCAGUGUAUUGAAGGCUUGGCAAGUGCUCAAUCCCAACUGUCCUGAUCCAGUUGACCCAUGA